AUGUCUGCCGAGAAGAAAGCCAGAAUCAUCAACGAGGUUGUCAAGCGCCUCUGGGAUGAGAAGCCCAACGCCGCCAUCAGCUUGAAGCGCUACAUGGCCGAGACCGACCACAUCAAGGACAUCAUGCAGGCUGUUGUUAAGGACAUUGGCCAUGCCAUGGUCGAGCUCGAUCUCCGUGAUGAGAAGGCCGUUGCCCUGAACCGCUGCAAGUACGAUCUUGCUCGCGCCGUUGACGAGCACAAAGAGCUCACCAAGGAUGGCUACGACCGCACCUUCCGCCCUCGCUUCAACUGCACCGUCAAGACUCUCAAGCUCGUCGGUGUCGGCGGUUCCGGUAACGAAGCCCCUGGCGUCAAGGACAGCGAGCCUCAGAUGGAGGUAGUUCUUCGUUUCCCGGCCCGGGAGUACAACGAGUCUCCUCACUCUCUGGUCCCCGGCAAAGCUGAGGUCUUCCUCAUGAUGAAGGAGAUUUAG